UAAGUGACCGGGGCCUUCAGAAAGGUUUAGCUACGUCUCCUUAUUAGUCCGGAAGGUUCAUUCACUAGAUCUCAAGCUAAGUACUUUAUAUAAACGUGUGACUUGUUUUUCUUUUUCGUUAGAUUUGUUAAGAUGCAGGCAAUCUUCAGUUCAAUUCCGACGCACAUGGAUUAUAGAGGACAAAAGUUAGCGGAACAGAUUUUCCAAGGAAUCAUACUGGUGUCUGCAGUAAUCGGUUUUAUAUAUGGCCUGAUCAUUGAACAGUUCGGCUGGACGGUUUAUAUUGUACUGGGUGGUUUCGCCAUUUCUUGUUUGCUCACUUUGCCCCCCUGGCCCAUGUACCGGAGAAACCCUUUGGCCUGGCAGCCUGUGUUGGCAGAGUCGCAGGGAGACGCGCGAGAGAAGCCCCAAGAAACCCUGAAGAAGCCGAGAAAGCACAAGUAACCAGUCACUGUCUGCAUGUGAACCUUAUCAAUUGACAUCGGUUGCCCUUUUUGUUAUGUUGCUGAAAUUUAGAUCACUGACUGUACUUUAAAUAUGCCCUUGAGUUUAAUAAAUGUUUCUAAAAAAAAUGUGU